AUGUCCCAACAGACAUAAUAAUGUUCAAACUGCAGAGCACUUAUUGCAGAUACAGUAUUUGGAUUGCAUGAAAUCUAUUGCAUAAGAAAUAACAUAAAAUGUAAAAGAUGUGGAUAAUUUUUUGAUAAAAAUGAUCCAUAAUCUCAUGAAGAAGAAUUUCAUAAAGGCAUUGCAUGUGAAUUUUGUAAAGAAAUAUUCUAAGGUAUUAUAAUAAAACAAUAUAGAUAUUUCAAAACAUACUAAAUGUUUAAAAAAGCCAGUUUAAUGUAUACACUGUGGAUUAGAUUAAGCUAAAGAUUUAAUAUUUUAUCAUGAAAACAUUUGUGGUAGUAGAACAGAAAAGUGUGAUAUUUGCAAACAAUAUAUAAUGAUUAGAGAAUUAACUAAACAUGUAGCUACAUGUGUACCACCCUCAACAUAAAAAGAAAUAGUUUAAGAAAAAUAGCCAACUUAAAAAACAGUUGAAAAUCGAUAAAUUACAUAAUAACCUUAAUAAAAUGUAUAACCAUUCAAGCCUGAUUAUAAAAACUUUGAUCAUAAAUAUAAGUAUCAAGUUGAAGCUGAAUAAGUUAGCAGACCUUAAUAAUAGUUAUAAGCAAAGCAUGAAAUAUUUGGUUAUGAAAAACCAUCGAUACCUUAUAAUUAAUAAUAAUAAUAAUAAUAAUAAUAAUAAUAAUAAUAAUAAUAAUAAUAAUAAUAAUAAUAAUAAUAAUAAUAAUAAUAAUAAUAAUAAUAAUAAUAAUAAUAAUAAUAAUAAUAAUAAUAAUAAUAAUAAUAAUAAUAAUAAUAAUAAUAAUAAUAAUAAUAAUAAUAAUAAUAAUAAUAAUAAUAAUAAUAAUAAUAAUAAUAAUAAUAAUAAUAAUAAUAAUAAUAAUAAUAAUAAUAAUAAUAAUAAUAAUAAUAAUAAUAAUAAUAAUAAUAAUAAUAAUAAUAAUAAUAAUAAUAAUAAUAAUAAUAAUAAUAAUAAUAAUAAUAAUAAUAAUAAUAAUAAUAAUAAUAAUAAUAAUAAUAAUAAUAAUAAUAAUAAUAAUAAUAAUAAUAAUAAUAAUAAUAAUAAUAAUAAUAAUAAUAAUAAUAAUAAUAAUAAUAAUAAUAAUAAUAAUAAUAAUAAUAAUAAUAAUAAUAAUAAUAAUAAUAAUAAUAAUAAUAAUAAUAAUAAUAAUAAUAAUAAUAAUAAUAAUAAUAAUAAUAAUAAUAAUAAUAAUAAUAAUAAUAAUAAAUUAGAUAACCAAUAAAUAAAUAUGAAAAACACAUUGAAGCUAGAGUAAAUAAUUAUUCUUAAAAUCACAAAAUUCCAUAAUAAUAUUACAAUGUUAAUUAAUAAUAGUAAUAACAAAUUGCAGUUGAACAAAAAAGUAAACCUUAAGAUAAUCCUCUUUAACCAACAACAAAUCUUAUCAAAAGGUAAGCCUCAGGAAAUUAAGAGAUUAAAAAUGGUUAUCCUUAAUAAGAAAAAUUAGGUGAUAAAUAUACAAAUCAAUUGUCAACUUAACAGAGACUUCCAGAUAGAAAAUUGAAUGAAUAACAAAAAUAUGAUCCUUAUUCCUAUUUGAAUAAAUAAUAAGAAAAUAAAUUUUAUGAAAAUAAAAAACUUGAGAAUCGAAUUAUCGAUUAAAAGCCAUCAGAUUAGAAUUUAUAAAGAUAAUAUAGUUAAUAACCUUAACCAACAAAAUAGUAUAAUAAUUUAUUAUAAUUUAGACAGUAACCUAAAGCUGUUGAUGAUGAUAUAGAUUAUCUAGCUUUGGGUUUGACAAGAGAAGAAAUUGAAUAAUAGAAAGUCUAUUUAGAAAGCUUAUAACAAUAAAGAAAGCCUUUAGAAUCAUAACCAAAAUCUCGAUUAGAUUAUUAUUAAGCAGCCAGAGCAUAUAAAUGAU